AUGAUGCGAAAGGUAGGCUUAGUGCUGGUGGCAGGCGUGGUCGCCCUCGUUUCAGGCGAUAUCAGUCACCAUGUUAAGAGUUCUCUGCACCACCCACUACAUCGCCACGCGACUCCAAAACAUCAUGUAGCCCCUGUACACCAUGCUGCCCCAGUGCACCAUGCUACUCCUGUACAUCAUGCUGCUCCUGUGCAUCACGGAAAGGGAUAUGCUCCUGCUUACCCUGAUAAACCUCCACACUACACCUAUGAGUACGCCGUCAACGACGACUACGCCGGCACCCACUUCGGCCACUCGGAGGCUCGCGACGGCUACAACACGGACGGCAAGUACUUCGUGCACCUCCCCGACGGCCGCGUCCAGACCGUCACUUACUACGCCGACGAGACUGGCUACCACCCCACCGUCUCCUACGAAGGAACGGCCCACUACGACGCCCAUGCAGCCGUCCCUCAUCACGCCCCUGCCAAGGCUUACCAUGCCCCUGAACCAGUAGGCUUGGUGCUGGUGGCAGGCGUGGUCGCCCUCGUUUCAGGCGAAAUCAGUCACCAUGUUAAGAGCUCUCUGCAUCACCCACUACAUCACCAUGCUGCUCCAAAACAUCAUGUAGCCCCUGUACACCAUGCUGCCCCAGUGCACCAUGCUACUCCUGUACAUCAUGCUGCUCCUGUGCAUCACGGAAAAGGAUAUGUUCCUGCUUAUCCUGAUACGCCUGCACACUACGCCUAUGAGUACGCUGUCAACGACGACUACGCCGGCACCCACUUCGGCCACUCGGAGGCUCGCGACGGCUACAACACGGAGGGCAAGUACUUCGUGCACCUCCCCGACGGCCGCGUCCAGACCGUCACUUACUACGCCGACGAGACUGGCUACCACCCCACCGUCUCCUACGAGGGGACUGCCCACUACGACGCCCAUGCAGCCGUCCCUCACCACGCCCCUGUCAAGGCUUACCACGCCCCUGAACCAGCAUAUCACGCCCCUGAACCAGCAUAUCAUGCCCCUGAACCAGCAUAUCACGCCCCUGAGCCAGCAUACCACGCCCCUGAACCAGCAUAUCAUGCCCCUGAACCAGCAUA